CAACAGUCUACAUUACCCUGGCUGAUCUGCAUCAAUCCCAAAGUAAUUGGGAAGAACAUGGAAAAACACCCGUCGAGAACUGAUGAUCACAACCCCUAAGGUAACAGCGCGGGAGAUCACGCGCCAAGAGAUCAUGGGGGUUGGCUUUGCUGGAGGAGCGCUACUGGCAGCACUGCUGGUGAACGUUUUGAUGUGGCGAGCCACGUAUCGCAUCAACAUGUUGAUGGCGGCGAACUUGAAAUGCCUGGGCAAGGCUGCCUUCUCAUGGAUCGGAACUUUCCUCCAGUGGCUGAUGCUAUUCCUAUUGGUUGUCCCCAUCGGCCUCAUUGCUGUGGCUGCGCAACAGGUUGCCAACGACUCUUGGCGAUUGGCUUCACUAGGCAGCCUCAUUGCGGCCACGGUGUACUUUGGAAGUUUUGCCUUGGGCCGUGCCAUUGCGGACUCCUUCUACUUCAGCUGGUUCGCCGUUGGCUUUGGAACGCUCACAUUCUUCACCUUUGGCGGCUUCUUCUGCCAAUUUGUGUGGAUUGUUGAGCCUUUCGAAUUCACCGCCACCUCUGUGGUGAUGCUCACCGUCAGCGCCGUGCCGAGUAUCACUUUGGCUUUCCUCUUUGGGAAGUGGCAGAGCAGCCGGCAUGUCCUCGCGGUCUUAUCGGACGAGGAAGAGAUGCGCUCCCCGUCUGCACUACCCGAGACUCGUUGGAAGAGAAUCGCUUUGAUUGUCUCGCUCUUUAUCGUGGAGCUGGGCAUCUUGGCAGCCUACGGUCUGGCAGUCUACAUGUUGGACAGUCGACCAGCGGUGAAGAACGUGGGCUUCGUGUUGGUGAUUGGCGUCGUAAUCCUGGAUGCCAUGGUCUGGCACGUGUGGUACCUGGGCUUGGUGACGGAUGCCGCCGAGACCGCUGUGCUCAUGGUGCUGGCGCGCGUGUCGGCCUGCGUGUGGGGCGAAGACUACUGGCUCAUGGGUCAUUCAGGAGUUUUCCUUGCCAUGGUCAUGCGUGUGGGCUAUGUCACGGUGGAUAUGCUGGUGCCAGCUCCUGACAGCCCCAAGGUGAGGCGCCAGCAUGCAGCCGCGGAGAUUCUUCAAACCCUCCAAGCAAAGAUGGCCGACUCGGGCGGUGGGGGGAGGCGAAGCCGGAGGUGCACGUGGGACAUGUGGGAGAGGCCCAAGUGGGGUGAGCUGGUGAAACGACAUUGGUGGAUCCAAAUCGAUGAUAUGUUGAGAGAGUGUUGGAUGAUGUUUGAAGGGCUGCAGAAGCUGUUGAAGGCCGAUAGUAAUGUGUGGAAGUGUGAGAGUAGCACUUUCUGGUGCGAUAACUUGGUUUUAAGAAGGAGGCCAAAGGCAUGUGGGGAUAGCCUCGCGAUUGAUAUGUCAGGUGCUGCUGAUGCAGGAGAUGAGGCGCAGGGGGGACUGCCGUCAGUCGGGUCAGGGGACUGGGCUGUUUCUUUGUCUAGGCUGGGCCACUGGGCCAAGCAAGCCUCAUCUCUAACAUGCCGAGGGAUCGAUUUCACCCUGGCGGGCUGA